CGUCCGUGUUGGUUCAAUCCGUCCAGCCAAUGACAAGCGGCGAUCCUGUUGCUAAUUCAAGAUGGCGGCCACCGUGUCCGUUACUUCGCCGGCCAGCGAGUUGAGGGAGAAGGGGGAAGAUGAGGGGAGGAAGCGGGCGGAGGCGGAGGGAGGAGGCUGCCCGGAUGCCGAGCCCUGCUCCAGGGCCGACCCGGAGGCCGACGGAGGGGAAGGCGGGGAGGCCGCGUCGCACGGGCGGACUCCCGAGGAGACGCUGGCCGAGCUGGAGGCCGAGGAGAAGCGGCAGAGGCUGGAGCGGAGCCGCCGCGAGUUCCGCAACCGCCGCAAGAUCAUCAUCAGGAACCUGCCGCAGGACAUCAUCACCCAGGAAGUCUAUGAACUGCUGAGUGAUUAUGAUUUAAAAUACUGCUUCGUGGACAAGUACAAAGGCACAGCUUUUGUCACACUAUUAAACAGGGACCAAGCAAACUCUGCCAUUGAGAAACUUCACCAGUCAACGUUACGAGACCGAGAGAUUUCAGUUCAGCUGCAGCCCACAGAUGCUCUGCUCUGCAUUGCAAAUCUGCCACGUUCUUUCACUCAACAGCAAUUUGAAGAGCUGGUGCGACCUUUUGGAAAUCUGGAACGAUGUUUUCUUGUAUACAGUGAGGUCUCUGGGCACUCUAAAGGGUACGGUUUUGUGGAAUACAUGAAGAAGGACUCGGCUGCCCGUGCUAAAUCAGAACUCCUUGGAAAGCAGCUGGGCACACGAACCCUCUAUGUUCAUUGGACAGAUGUGAAUCAAUUGACUCUUGAUCUCAUGCAUUCUAAGUGCCUGUGUGUGGACAAACUACCGCAUGAUUAUAAGGACCUGCAGGGACUCAGUCAAGCCUUCAGCUGUGUCUAUCAGCCAACCUACUGUCAGCUGGCUCAAGGACCUGAUGGGCAAUUCAGAGGCUUUGCAGUUGUUGAAUAUGAAACUGCAGACGAAGCGGAGGAAAUGCAACAGGAGAUGGAUGGGAUUUGGGUUGGCGGGAACCACAUUCGAGUUUCAUUUUGUGCACCUGGACCCCCUGGGCGGAGCAUGCUUCCCGCCUUGAUCGCAGCUCAAGCUAUGGCAAUGAACCGAGGGAAAGGUCUGCUCCCAGAGCCUAAUCCUGUGCAGAUUCUGAACAGCCUCAAUAAUCCAGCAACACUGCAGCUUCUCUUAAACCCAUUAAUCCACGGAGGAACUGGUGGGCAGCAGGGAAUUCUGGGAGCUGCUCCUUCAAUGCCACUGUUGGGGAAUCCUGGUUUAAGUGCUGCCCUCCUGCAGCUGAUUUUACAGAGCCAAAAUCCAGCACAAGUCCAGAAUGCUUUGCUUGGGAACCCAGUUUUUCUGCAGAAUCUGGUUCGGACCCAGCUGAUGCAAAAUAAGGAAAACCAGGCAUUCCUCAAUAAGCCUGGGAUUCUGGGUGAAUCUCCUCUUGCAGCUUUGCAGCAAAACCCAGUAGGACUUGGAGGCCCACCACAACCCGGGAAAGGACUUCUUGGGAAAUCGCCCUCGGGACUGAAUUCUGAAAGAGGACAUCUGAAUCCACCUUUGAUGCCAGUGGGGUCAUUGCCAAACCAACAAUAUCAUGGACAAAUGCCAGCUGAUGUGCUGGGUAUGAUGGAUAAUCCAUCUCAUACUCGGCAAGUCUCCUCUCCUCCGGCUCCUCUGCAAGGAAUCCCCACAUCCAUCCUGGGUUCUGUGCUCAGUGAUUUGAAAAAACAGAGGAACCAGAACGUGUCUCAAGAGACUGGCUUAGCCACAUCCGGGCCAUCUCUGUUGGGAGAGCCACCGAAAGAUCUGCGGAUGCCUCAAAAUCCAUACCUCAAUCUGCGAAGUGUGUUCCCCGCUAACCUGCCUGGUAAGGGACAAGCUGCUAACACCAGCAAUUCAAUGUCCUAUGGACACAGUACUGGUCUUCUGGGAAACUACCCAAGCUCCAGUCCCAGAAUUCAUCAUGGAUCUGGCAUCAGUGAUUAUCCAGAGGCUGGAAGCAAACAGUCGGGUUAUGGCAGCUUGGAAAACUAUGAUAAUUACAACCACUCUUACAGGGACUAUGGGCAGGAAAGAGAACUGGAGCAAUACCCACCAUCGUGUGAUCCUAGGUUUCGAGGGUAUGGUCGUGACAGAAGUGAGGAUAGGGGACUGGAGAGAUACUCAAGGUCCCGUGAUCCUGCCAUGGGAGGAGUUCGGGGCUAUGGACGUGAUCGUAACAAUGAAAGGGAGCUGGAACGAUAUCAACUUCCACUUGACCCUGGACUUGGAGGGUAUGAAUCUGACCAAAAUCAGCGAUCAACUCCAUGUGGCUACAAUGAUUUGGAAUCUGCUCCACCUCCACUGUACUCCAGCUCCCCCACAUCCUAUUUCACAAGUGGCUUAAGAGCAGGACUCCGACAGGGUUAUUCCUCCAAGUUAAAUCCGCUGCUGAGCUCUGGGGCAGGACUCCUGGGUGCUCGGCCCUCCAGCUCCCCACCAGGCUCCCUGCUGAAGACUCCACUCAUUGGCCACAAGCGGGGUGCCUCUCACCUGAUCCCAUCACCUGAGCCCAGUCCAGAAGGAGGCUAUAUCGGCCAGCACUCUCAAGGGUUGGGCGGCCACUACGCUGACUCUUACUUGAAGAGGAAGAGGAUAUUUUAGCUGGGGACCUGGUGUUUCCAUCCAGAAUGAUUCAGUUAUAUUUUGCUUAAGGGUGUAAAUCUUGUAUAGAUAUUUUUAAUCUCAGUUUUUUUUCUUAAUGUUUCGGGGGAGGGGGCUAUCUUGUAUCUGAAUGUGGGAUAUGCAUAAAGCUGGAACUUGCAGAGCUGGCUGAAUCAUGACCCUGCAACACCAGGAGUGUCAGCCCCACAAUCACCCAGUGUGGGCUUGCACACAAACCUGCUCUUGGUCGGGGGGGGAGGUGGGGGGGGGGAGCAGCGAGGCGUCAGUUGCCAUAUCUGCCUCCUGUCAACAACCUCAUGGUUUUAUCAGAGUACUUGAGACUUGUGAAUGAGGCAGGCAAGUGAACAGCUUCCGACUGUGCGUGUAGUAUUUUUGUUCUCUACAAAUUUAAAAUUGGAAAACACAAUAUCUACCUUGCAAUAAUAUCCAUUGUAACAAACAAACACCUCAUUUGAUCCUGUCUCCCUGAGAAUGGCCACAUUGUGUGUGGUGCUGCAGCAAAAUGUGCACUUUAUAUGUCAACAUUUUAACCAAGUAUUUUACUUCAGACCCCAGGCUGUCAUUCUCUUUUGUAAUUCGCCAUGCUGUUUGCUCUAAGUGUUUCCCAGGAGAUGGGAAUUAUUUUUGUGAGUUAUUUCCCUUUGUUUUAAUUGGUCUGCACCACAAUUUUGGCUUUUAAGUUUUGUCAUGACUCCGUCUAGUCUGAAUUUCAGUCCUUGUGCAUACCCCUAACAUCUAUGGGUUUCUUUUUGGUGUUUUUUUUCCCCCUAAUUUUUCAUUUCAUUCUGUGAAUCAACUUUUGCCUUAAUUUAGAACUUUAUUUUUAAUCUAAUUUUUAGGGAAUUAUUUGCAGUGAAAGGGUUACGUGCUCAUCCUUUUGCAUUUUUUUUAAGAAGGCUGAGUGGUAGGCAUAACUUAUUUUGUCCCUGCCAUUUCAUUUGGCAUGUGCAUUGGAGCCUGUGUUAGUUUCUCUUUUUAUCGCAAGUUUGUUCUGCAAAGACUUUGUUAAAUUCCUGAUGCCUGUUAAGUUGUGGUCCUUUUAUGUUGAGCAUUGUUCUGUGAGGCUUGGGCAGAAUCCCUAAACUGGCAAAUAUGGGACCCUAGUGGUUUUAAAAAAAAAUGUAAAUAUAAUAAGAAACAUUUGCAGCUAAGCAGACACUGGCUCUAGGUUAAAGCUGCAGAAACUGGAAACUACCUGUGCUGCCUAUAUUUUCUGGUAAACAUGCCUGUUUUGUCUGAAGCUUGCAGUGGAGUAUCUCUUCUCCCUUCAGCACAGCUCUGGUCCUUGAAAUUUCUUGGGAGUUGAAAAAAAAUUGGUUUCACUUGACAUUUGUCCAAUUUACAUGAGAGCAGCACAGUAGGAUUUCCACAGCUAACCUUUAAAUCCCCUCGGCCUCCCUGAUCUCAUCAGACAUCAAAAUACCAAGGUGAAGAGUGAGUUAUUAGAAACAAUUAUUUUCACCUGAAGGAAAUAGAAGUUCACUACAGCUGAGAGCUUUUAUUAUCUUUCUCCUGCUGCCCUUACCAAGCAAAAAUGGGUAGCUUUUGGCAAUGGCUAAGAGGUGAGAAACCUUUGUGCUGGCUUGGUGUGACAUUUGGAGAGGGGAGGGUGGGGGUUGCAGAAACACAGAGCUAAACAUGGGCCAAAAAAAGUAUCAAUGGUGCAUAAACAAACUGCUUGUGAGAAAGUGCUUUCUUGUGAGUUAAUAAAGAUCUUUGCACCUACCCAGCUUGGUAUUGUUGUACCCAGCCCCUCAAUGUGUUUUACUUUGUGCUUUGACUCUUGAUCAUGCUACUGUAAGAACUCUGAGCAACCAAAAUACAGGAUCUACUCUGAGGGAUGUGAGGGUCCAUUGCAAUGAGGAACAGGGAUUCCAAUAUAAACAACUUGUUGAACCUUCUCUAGGAUGAGAUACUGCAUUAAAAUUCUGGACACCAGCCCCAACUUCUUCCCCUCAACUGUGGUCAGUUAUGAGACCCCAGCUUGGCUCUCCCAGUCCAGGACUGGGGAUCAAACCUCAUGGCUUGGUGCUGCUUUAAAGGGAAAUGGUGAUGUAGCUGAAUCCUGAGCUAUGGCAGUUCACCAGAAGUUUGGCCUUAAAUCAGAAGUAAACAGGUAUGGUGUCUGAUGACUGCUUGUCAGCUUGGGACCCAACUGCAGUGCUCCAUUGGCGGAACACCCUGCUUAUCCAAGGUUCCUGGAUGUGCUUGGAGACCACAAUUUGUGCAGCAUGGAUCUGAAAUGGGUGUGAAGGAAAGGUUCCUGUGACAUUUAAUGCAAAGUCCCUGCAUCCGUAACAUUAGAACAAAUGUUGGCCUCUUGGCUAGGUGCAGGUGGAAGAGAAGCUCUGUGUCCUUCUCUCCUUAUCCAUGGCACCAAACCUGGGCAUGUGAGGGUGGAGAAGGUGGUAAAUGGGGGCCCUGGAGGUUGAACUUCCUGCUGCUGUAGGAUAAAAGGCCCUGAAAGGAUGAAAGUUCUUGAUCGUCGGACGUGUUUAGCUGCAUAAUUAGUUAGAAAACAAAUGCAA